AUUUGCUAUCGCCUGUCAUCCCGACAUGUUUGUUGGGUUGUCUGACGAAUAACGAACUUCACUUUUCCCCGUAGUCGCGUAAAAACGAUUUGUGCUAAAUUCUUGUUCGCGUGCUAAUUAUUUCGAAACCGCAACGAAAACUCGGACUUCAGCACGGCAAAUCGCAGCUUCGAGUCCUUGCAGCUGUCGACAGCGAUGACAUCGAAGCACAAAGCAAGCGAAUAACUUGGAAAAUUGAUUAAACAACUGUCGCCUGUCAGUGGACGAGACUUGAAUUGGCCACCGAGCACUAUGGCGAGGCUGAGUGGUGUCACACAGGCGGUGAUUCACGGUUUGCUGUUUUUCCCAUUGUUUAUCAUCACGUCCGAGCGGCUCGCGGCGGUGGGCGCCACGGACAUCACGAAACAGGUGUUUUCCAACAUCAACGACGGGAUCGUGGCGGCGUUUGGGGACUUCAACUCGGACGAGUUCACGGAUGUUUUCAUUUUGCGAAAUGACACUAAGACGCUGCAGAUAUUGCUUGGUGCUGAAACUGAACCACUUCUUCGGCCUGGACCGAAAUGUGAUUUUAAGAAAUUGGAAAUAACAAGCGUCGUACCCGGUGACUUUGACGGUGACGCUUAUAUGGAUGUCCUCAUUACGACACGAACAAAAAAGGAGGGAUAUUUUGAUAUUUAUGUGAAUUGGGGUCGAACGGACUAUCUAAAUUGCACAGAUGAAUCUGAACCUUUGCUAACAACUUAUGGAGAACCCUUGGCUAUAGAUUACAACAAUGAUAUGAUCAUUGAUUUGUUUGGAACCGAUGACCCGCAUGAGAAUCGUUAUUACUAUAUUUUUCAGAAUAAUCGUGGAAAACCAGAACGCAAACGAAUGGUCGAUCCAGGCACAAAAGGUUCUCUCCGCUUCCCCAAUUCGAAUGCAUACUUGGACGUAAAUCGCGACUUCACUGCGGAUUUGUUUAUUGAGACGAAUCAUUCAUAUGAAAUCUGGACGGGAUUGGAAGGUCAGGAUGAAAAGUUCAUAUUCAGUAAAGAAAUCAAAUAUCCAAUCGGCAAUGAUAAUUUGAGAAUGGGACAGAGUGUAUUUUUGGAUAUGGAAUUGAAAGGAUCGCAGAAUCAUAUUGUGCCCGUUUGCUUUGACCGUAGCUGUAACAAUGCGACUAUUAUGGUCUACGAUGAGAAUCAUUUCACCGAUUUACAUAUCAGUCUGAAGGAUCCUCAAGGCUCUACUUGGGGCUUUAUUGUGCCUGAUAAAGAACCCUAUACGAAUGCAAUCACAGCAAGAGGAGGUGAUUUUAACAUGGACGGCUAUCCGGAUCUGUUAAUAACUUUGAAAAAUGUAGCAAACUCGAACAGGAUACAGACAUUCCUUCUAGAAAACGUUCCUUGCACAGUGUUGUGUAAGCCGUUGUCGCGAACUUUUGAAGUUAAAUGGGAUGCACUGUCACCCAUGGGUAAUAACACCGUUGCAGGCACAUUCUACGACUUCUAUCAAGACGGUGUUUUGGAUGUAAUGCUGAUCGAAAAAGUUGGAAAGAAAUACAGACCUCUUGCUUUCCGGAAUACUUUGGACUAUGACGCUAAUUUCGUUAAAGUGAUCGUUCUAACUGGCUUGACGAAUAAAAAGAAUGAGACGACGAUCACAGCCCUUGGUCGCAAGAAACGAACCUACGGCACUAAUCUGCCCGGGCCACGUAUUGUCUAUUUCACGACAACGCAAGAGGGUGACGGCCAGCAUGGUUCCAGUUCACAAUUACCUCAAUCUGCAUAUUUCGCACUUCAGCUGCCUUAUACGAUUUUUGGUUUGGGCCGCACCCCCAAUUUUGUGGAUUCCUUGACUGUAGGACUGUCAAAUAAAUCUCGAACGUGGACUCAAUUGAUUCCAAAUUCUCAAAUGAUAGUCGUGCCACGUCCAGUGGAAGAGCCUCUGAGAUGGAAGGCGCAGCUUUUCGUAACACCUAGUAAACUAAUUUUAAUGAGUGUCGUAGCAUUAGGCGGAACAUGUUUCGUUAUAACUUUAAUCAUAUUGGGUUUAUAUAUCAAAGAGAAACGAGAGGAUAAGCAGGAGAAACUUCAAGAAGCACAUAGAUUCCAUUUCGAUGCGAUGUAGAGAGUUGGGGGAGUUUGUGUUUACUCAAAAUUGUCGCUGUUUUGUUAUGUGAUUUGAAGUAUUUUUAUUACUACAAUAUAUUUUUAAUUUGACUGUAAAUUAUACAUUAUAACCUAAAUAAAUUAUACGAAUUUAACAAAAUAAUA